AUGGAUGAUAAAGAAGGCUUUGAGGUCGCUGUGAAAGCAAGUCGCACUAUUUUGCGCGUUCUUGGUAUAUGGCCAAAUCAUCAUGAAAGAACUGAAAGCUGGCUCUCACGUAGUUAUUUUAUUAUGCCAACAUUUAUACUAGUUUAUUUUACUAGCUUUCCUCAGACUAUGGAAAUAAUAAAGGUGUGGGGCGAUUUGAAUUCAGUUUUAGAGUUAUUAACAACAUUCGAUAUACCAAACCUUAUAUCUCUUAUAAAAAUACUGAGCGUUUGGUACAAUAAAAAAGUAUUAGGACUUUUAAUAAUGGCAAUGGAGAACGAUUGGAAGAGUCUGAAAACCGUCUUUGAGUUACGGGUUAUGUGGAAAAAUGUAAAAUUAGGUCGUCUUAUAACGCUAGCAAUAUAUUUGCUCACGUACUCGACUGUUGCAACAUAUGUAGUAAUGGCCGUUUACAUAACUGCAAACGCAUACAAGCAAGAAUUUAUAUUAACACCAGACAAUAGUACAAAACUUCGGCCGCAAUACAUGAGGGCGCACUUCGCUUAUGAUGUGCAAAAAUCUCCGGUUUAUGAGAUCGUGUGGAUAUUUCAGUGCAUAGCUAUGCAUUUAGCUGGGCUUUCAUUCAUGGCGAUUGAUUCUCUCUUCUCCAUACUAGUGUUGCAUUUGUGCGGUCAACUGAUUAAUCUACAAGAACGUCUAAAAAACGUUACUGAAAAUUUAACGAAAAGGCACAAUUUGUCAUACCAACUUUCGAGGAUUGUCAUGCGACAUGAACAGUUGGAUAGAUUUGCUAAAGCUAUUGAGAAUGCCUUCAACACUAUGUUUUUAGCGCAAAUUUUGCUCAGUGGUGUAGUACUUUGUCUACAAGGCUACCAGAUCGUUAUAAUCUUAACUAGUCGAGACACCGUGCAAGUUACUGAAUUACUUUUUAUGAUCUACUUUAUUCUCUGCAUUGCCUUUAGCUUGUUUAUUUAUUGUUACAUAGCAGAAAUUUUACGAACGGAGAGUACGGAAAUAGGCAAUGCUGCAUAUGAAUGCAAUUGGUAUGAUUUACCAGCUUGCGAGACAAGACUUUUUAUACUGACAAUGAUUCGUUCCAAAACGCCUUUUGAAAUAACGGCAGGGAAAUUUACAGCUUUUUCCUUGCAACUUUACUGCAGCAUUUUGAAAACCUCGGGUGGCUACUUAUCAAUGCUGCUUGCCGUAAAAGAACGAUUAGCUUUAUAG